GCACUGCUUAGCCUGAUCGUCAGAGCUAACAGCAAAGCCGGAAGCACCACAACCUCGUAUUCUAGACUUGUAGAUAGAAAGGAUCAGAUUAACGGGAAGAUGAUGCAGGCCGCCGUUGCUUUGUCGGCCGUGCUGCCUGUCACGUUAACGGGCAGGCCGGCGGCGAGGAGAAGGAGCGCCGCCGUGGCCGCCGGCGGCAGAAGGCUUGUGGGUGCCGGCGUCCGUGCAUCGGCUGCGGCGGCGCCGGAGGCGGACUACAGCUCCAGCGUCUCGGUGUUCCCCAUGGAGGCCUGCGACCUGGUCGGCGGCGAGGCCUGCGACGCGCAGAUGUACCCGGAGACGAAGCUCGACGCUGGCGCCGGCGGCCCAGCUGCCGCGGCGAGGGCGCCGGAGGUGGAGAGGGAGUACCUAGCCUACGACGAGCCAAAAACGGUGUUCCCGGACGAGGCGUGCGACGAUCUUGGCGGCGAGUUCUGCGAGGCGCCCUACCAAACCACCAAGUAGCUACCUACUAGUAGCAGCAGUAUAUCCAUCAAGUUGGAACUUCUUUUUUUUUUUCGGGGUUAAAGGGAUUUCAUUGCUCAAACUGGAGGAAGCUCCUCCAAACAAAGUUGGAACUUCUUCUUAGCAGGGGACAGGGGUCGAUCGAUGUACAUCAUCAUGUGAAUAAUAAGCAAAAACAUGCUGCUACGCUGUCUGUACUGUGUUGCACAUAAACGAAAUGCAGUCAUCAAUUCGUCGUCGGAUUA